AUGGAGAAAUCGGCUUUUGGCGGUUGGAUGCACGAGAACAACGUCCAGCUCGUGGAUCCGAAGCGCGAUGCACUCUACAACUACGACCCAGAAGCCCAGAAAGCUCCCCAGAACGAUAAGCCGUGGAGGAAGGACCAUAACUACUUCAAGCAUGUCCGCAUUAGUGCUGUCGCGCUGAUCAAGAUGGCCAUGCACGCCCGCUCGGGCGGCUCGCUGGAGAUCAUGGGCUUGAUGCAGGGCUACAUCGAGCAAGAGACCUUUAUCGUUACCGAUGCCUUUCGUCUUCCUGUUGAAGGAACCGAGACACGAGUCAAUGCGCAAGGCGAGGCGAACGAAUACAUUAUCGAAUACCUUGACCUGUGUCGCGACCAGGGCAGGCACGAGAAUGUAGUGGGCUGGUAUCACAGUCAUCCCGGCUACGGGUGCUGGCUCAGCGGCAUCGAUGUUGAGACAGAGGCUAUGCAGCAGCAAUUUCAAGAUCCCUUUCUCGCCGUCGUCAUUGACCCCGACCGUACCAUCAGCGGCGGCAAAGUCGAAAUUGGGGCCUUCCGGACCUACCCUGCCGAUGCCACGGGCGCUUCUGUGUCUGGGUCCGCGACAACUUCCGAUGGAUUCGAGGCUGUUCCCCUCGACAAAGCUGCCGAAUUCGGCGCUCACGCCAGUCGUUACUACAGCUUGGAGGUGUCACACUUCAAGAGCACUCUCGAAUCCCACUUGCUUGAGCAGUUGUGGCACAAGUACUGGGUGCAGACCCUCAGCCAGAACCCACUCCUCACAAAUCGCGAGUACGGAAACAAGCAGAUGCUCGAUCUGAGCAAAAAGAUUGAGCAGGCUACGAAACAACUAUCUCGCUCCAGGGGAGCAUGGGGCAUAUCCAAGGCGCCGGACAAACAGGUGGAGAAGAUGGCGCAGGAGGUCAAUGCUAUUGCUAGCAAGGAAAGGACGGGAUUGAUUGCAAGCCAAGUCAAGGCCGAGUUGUUCAAUGAUCUCGUCACAAAAGACUCGGUAUGA